UACACACGAUCAUCGUGAUAGCGCGCCACCUCGACAAGUGUAUUUUUCUGAAUCUAAGUGAAGUACGGGUAGCAAAUUUUGAAAUACAGAUUGUGAAACUUCUACAUUUUUCCAGUUUUGACAACUGAGAGGAAUUUUAACAGUUGGAUAAUACAAAUGAUCGUUGGGAGUUGAACUGAAGCUUGUCGUAUGUUCCCCGGUCUGAACAAAAAUGCCUUUACUUCGUCGUCGAGAAUUUCGACCUGUGAAAUUACCCAAAGAGUUGAAACCGACGGAGGAAGUAUUCCUGUGUCGACUGACAAAUGAAAUCUUCAGAGAUUAUGAUGAUUUCUUCAAGAGAACCAUUCUUUGUAAUAGUCUGGUAUGGAGCUGCAGUCUGACUGGACGACCAGGUCUUACCUACCAAGAGGCUUUGGAGAGUGAAGAGAAAGCCCUCAAGUUCCUCUCCAGCUUUCCUGUGUAUCUGGAGACACCGGUACUCCUUCUUGCUCGGAUGACCAAGCGAGGCAGAUUGGCUGACCUGUGUGAGGACAUCUUUGCCUUUGUGAAGGACCGUUUCUUUGUUGGAGAGAUAGUGGAUGUAGUCCACUUGGACACCAGAGAGACAUGCAGGGUGAAUCGAGUGAUCGUACCACCUGAAUACAUGGAGGAAGUAGGCGUGUCGUCUGAGAGCAGUGAUGAUGAAGUCAUCUUCAUCAAGGAUGAUGGAAAGGAAGAGAAACUUAACACUUCUCAUGGAGACCAGAAGACUCCCAAAAGGACUUUGAAAUCCCAGAUGCUAAAGCCAGCCAUGUAUAGAUAUGAGGUGACUUCCCUUCAGGGUUCUGGGACGUAUAUUGCACCUCAUACCAACGUCAGUCGCAAGAGAGGGCUGUUCACCAAGGAGAAGAAUAAACUAUACCUGAAGCAUCACUGUAAGGUGAUAGACUUCAUCUGGAGUGUCAAGCCUCAAUAUGUUGACAAGUUCCAGCUGGACAAGAAAGCAUUUGGGGAGUUGUUUGCAGGUCCUUUGCCAAACUUCUCUUCUACUCCUGCUAAGAGGAAUGUACACAAGGUCAUGGAAGAAUCAGAAGCAGGAUCAUCUGCCAAUGAUGACACAACGGAUGAUGAUGAUGAGGAGGAUGAAGAGGAUGAUGAUGACGACCUCCCACUCAUGGAAGUGAAGAAGAAGGCCGAGGCAAAGAUGGGCAAGAAGAAGAAAAGAAAGAACAAGGGUGCUAACAAAGAGAACCAAGUAGCUCAGUCCAAACUGAGCAAAGAAGAACGAGCUGAACUGAAAGAAAAGAUGAGAGCAGAGAAGCUAGCUGAGAGGCUGGAGAUGAGACAGAAGCAGGCAGAGGAAAGGGCACUGGAGAGGGCUAAGAAAUGGGAGGAGCUUGCCAAACUCAAAGAAGAACAGAAAGUACAGCGAGAAACAGAAAGGCUAGCCAGGAGAGAACAAAUGAGAAAGGAUAUUGAGGAAAGCAAGGAAAGGAGAAGAAAGGAAAAAGAAGAGGAAAGAGAACGUCAGAGAGCCUAUUACAUUCAUAUGAAGGAAUAUAUGAAACCAAGAGAAGACUUAGAAUGUGAAGACCAGAAGGAUCUACCUGAGCCAGUUCCUUUAUCAGGAAAGAUCCCUCAGGAGUUUUUUGGAGACUGUGUUUUGCUCUUGGAAUUCCUACAUGCAUAUGAGGAAGAGCUUGGACUUCAAGAAGACUUCCCUGAAGGUGUCACUUUAGAGCUGUUAGCAGAUGCAAUAACAACCAACAAAGUGGAUGGAGCUAUGUUUGAAAUCACAAGGUUCUUAUUGAAAGCUCUCUUCAGAGUUCAAGAAGAAGAUGAGGAGGAAUGGAAGACAGACUUGGAGGAACAAGGAAUACAAGUACCCAAAUUGAAUAUCUGUGAAGCAAGGUUAGAAGAAGACCCAGAUCCAACGUAUGGAGCUAUGAGUAAAGCAGCUACAGCAGCUCUUGCUUGGCCAGUGCUUCAUCAAGGUACUGAGCUGAGGAAGCUAUCGAUCGAUCCUCCGACCCUGACAGAGAUUGUACGGCUUCACUUCUUGUCUUCUGGAUCCACCACAGGAUCUGAGGAUUCUAAAUGGCGUUACCAGCAGAGAGGUGGUUAUACGUGCCGUGAUGAUCCUGGGUUAGAGUUCCGUAUGCAGGAAUCAGCAAUCCUCAAAACCCUCACCAAGGGAAACCUCUAUGACCUCAGUUCAGAAGGUAAACUGAAGGUUCUAACUGCUCUGACCAAUCAGCUACUGACGUAUGUGACUAUGCGUGAAGUCAUUGAGGAUAGCUAUGAUACUUGGAAUACGACUCGCAGGGAACUACGAGAUCUUCUACGUCUCGAACAACGUCGAGAAAAGGAGGAGGUUACUGCAAAGUGGAGGUUGAGAAUGGAGGAGAGGGUUAAUGAGAAAUUCCAAGUUGAGAAGGAUAGGCUUGCUAAGAUAUCACAGGAAGGUGUUAUAGAGAAUGGGGUGACUCCUGGUGUGAGUAGCUCUAAUGUAAGCACUCCAGAACAACCAGGAAGUAGACCUCAGUCUAGAGCUAAAGGGGAAUCCCCCAAUGACUCUAUGGAGACAUCAGACAUCCCUACACCAGGGAUGUCUCUUGCUGACAUCGAGAAGAAGAGGAAAGAGAUGGCAGAGGAAAGUGCUGAAAAGAAAGCUGAGUCUAUACAGCAGGAAGCACAGCUGACAAGGGAGAUCAAUGAAGCCAUUAUGAAGUACAAUGUAACCCCGAUCGGAGAAGACAGAUUCUUCCGCAGAUACUGGAAGUUCAAUUCAUUACCAGGAUUAUUUGUGGAGUGUGAUCGGAAUGUUGAUGAAGAUGUGCUUAAGAAGAUGGAAGAAGACAUGUAUGCCGUGCAAAGAACUAAAGUUGAAAAUAUGGAUGCUCCUGAAGAAAUUCAGCCAACGAACGAGCACAAUACCUCAAAUAGCAGUAACAAGGAAAACGUGGACAGUAAUGUAAUAGGGAAUGGAGCGGUUACAAAUGGAGAUGUGCCUUCAGAAUCUCCUAAAGACCUCACAGAUGGUGAGAAGGAGACCCCUAUGGAGGUCAAUGAUGUAGAAAUGCCUGUACUUCGUGUUGAGGUUUCUUCUACAGGGCCAACACCAGCUGCUUCACAGUGUCAAUGGGCUUUCUAUAAUGAACCUAGUCAGAUUGACAAGCUCUUAGAAGCUCUGAACACACGUGGUCUCAGGGAAGCAUCUCUCAGAGAUAGCCUUCAACAGGACAAGGCUGCUAUAAUGGGCCGUAUGAGUGAAGUACCCACAGACUUCCUAACUAAACCUCCAACAGACGAAGCAGAUAUGGAUUACCAACCUGGAGUCAAGAAACAAGUGGAGGUUAAGAUGACUAGUGGCAAGAAGGGCCUCUUGUCUAACAGUGCUGAUGGGGAUGAGAAGCUGGAACUUAUGCUCAGGGAACAGAUUCUGGACAUCGAAGACCGUCUGUGGCAGGGAGCUUUAGGCUUUGUCAAGGUGAAUGACCGAGCAUCUUGGGUAGAAGCCAUCGAGCAGGGAUCUUAUGAUCGGCAGUGUAAGGAGAUCUCCUGGGGGCCUGUCUGGGCACGUUCUAUGUCAGAUGAUGGUGACUUUCUUAACCUGUCAUUGUCUGAUCUACCACUACCUGAGGAGAAACCCAAGACAAAGGACAGAUUGACCUCUCUCAAGAAGGGGGAUGCCGGUCCUACAGGUUCCCCAGCCUCUACCCGAUGUAACACACCAGACCUAGCUGAUAAUGUGGUGAGAGAUCUAGCUUGUUCUCUACUGCAGGUAUCCCAAGGUACAGACAUCAAAUACCUCAAGGCACCACUGGGAAACCCAGAAGAAAACAAACCAAUGACAAGAACAAGGAAGAAGCAAGAGGAAGAGAAAGAAGAAGAAGAAGAAGAAGAUGAAGAAGAGAAGAAACCGAAGAAGACUUGUCGUGAGUGUUGGGAGGAAUCAUUGAUGGCUUGUACCAGCCUGUCUCAGAUCUUCCUUCAUCUCUCAACCCUUGAACGAUCAGUCACAUGGAAUAAAUCUAUCUUGAAGGCUCGUUGCAGGAUGUGCCGUCGUGGUGGCAACCCUGAAGCUAUGUUGCUGUGUGAUAGCUGCAACAGAGGCCACCACAUGUUCUGCCUCAAACCCCCUCUCAAGAAAGUUCCAAAGGGGGAGUGGUUCUGCAAAGACUGCGCCCCUAAACAAAUCAAGAGGAGCCCUCAUAAACAGAGAGCUAAGAAGAAACCAGUCGUAGUGGAAUCAUCUAGUGAGGAGGAGGAAGAAGAAAGUGAAGAUGACUCAGAGGAGGAAGAAGAAACCCAAGAAGAGGAGGAAGUGGAAAGUGAAGAAGAGGAGAUGGAAGUUGAUGUUUCUGAAGAAGAAGAGGAGGAGGAUGAGGAAGAAGAUGAAGAGGAGGAGGAAGAUGAAGAGGAGGAUGAAGAAGAUAAUGAGAGGAAACUGGAUGCCAUGAACCGUGUAGCUCGUAGGGGACUCGGUGCUCUUGAUCACAAUGAGCUAUGUCAGUCAUGUGGACAUGCUGGCCAGCUCAUACUCUGCCAUGACUGCCCUAUAGUCUACCACUGUGAAUGCCUAGAUCCUCCCCUAAGUAAACUUACCCAAGAUCACUGGUUCUGUCCACUAUGUGUCAUGGAUCGUACCACCAACGGUGCUGACUCUGAGGAGGAAAUGGGAAGCAAUGAUGGUGAGAUAGAACAUGAGGAUGUUUGCUCUCGAUGUCGUCAUGGUGGUGAGCUGAUAUGUUGUGAUACCUGUCCCAAGGCUUUCCAUAUGGAGUGCUGUAAGCCAGUCCUACGCAAGGUGCCUAAAGGACAUUGGGAGUGUGAGAACUGCAAGAAGGGAACCAAGUCUGCUGCUAUCAGAGUACCAACAGGUAACAAAGGCCCAGCUAAGAAGUUUAGCAGCAAACCUGCCAAGAAGGAAAGUCCUAAGACCCAGCCCAAGGCUCAGGCUCAGGCUCAGGAGAAGACUGGCUCAAGGAGCAGAUCUCAGAGUAGAGGAAGACAGUCAAGACAAAACACACCAGAACCUAACCAAUCAAACAAGACUUCAAAGAAAGAUGCUCAACCUAUCUCAGGCUCUAGUGGCAAGAAGAGCCAACUAAGCUCUCAAGAUAAGAAGGGACAACAAUCUUCAUCGUCUCAGGAGAGCAGAGGCCGGUCAAAGGUACAGGAGAAGGGAGGUCGAGGGUCAUCUCUAGACAGGAGGGGUCAGAAGAGGGGCAUGAGUAUGGAAUCUACAGACUCUGAGUCAUCACAGGAAGAAGUUCAGAAGAAAAAGAAUUCUGGGAGAAGUCUCUUCAAAGUAGCUCUCAAUGGAAGUCUGAAUGCAGAUGAUUCCGCUUCCGAUUCUUCAGGACCAUCAGCCAAGAACCGCAGGACAUCCAGUGGGCGUGGUAGGGGUGAUUUGACUCAGCUUAAUAAAUGUGAAGCAUUACUGAAGGAACUCAUCAAACAUCCAGAUGUUCGUCCAUUCCUCAAUGCUGUCAGCAAGAAAGCGGCCCCUGACUACUACCGCAUCAUCAAGCGUCCCAUGGACUUUGCAUCCAUGCAGACCAAAGUCAAUGACUACCAGUACUCUAGCGCAGCAGAGCUUAUCGCUGACGCCAGACUCAUCUUCACCAACUGUCAGCAGUACAACCGGCGUUCUAGCUCUGAAUACAAGGCUGGUCUUAAGAUGUCUACCUUCCUUGAGAAGCGUAUUAAGGAGUCAGACAUUGAGGUUAGUCUUGAAGACGGUCCUACCGACCAGGAUACACCCACAUCAAGGAAGAGCUCACGACAACGAUAAAUCUUCAAUAUCUCAGGAUGCCGUGUGUUUUCUCUUUGUUGAUGUUAAUAAGAUUGUGAGUUUGUUGUGUUGGGUUAUUUAUGAUUGCCUUUUCAGUUGGUUUUGCAAGAGCAGAUUCUAUUUUCUUCUGCAUGUUCCUGGUCUAGAGUGAUGAGCUAUAAAGGUAUAUGCGGUCGUCUUUUCCAGAAAAGACCUAUGGCUUACCUGUGUUAAGGUCAUGAAGUAAAGUUUGAUUUUUGACAUCAUUUCAACAAGUUAAUGUGACUUUUGUAAAGUUAUUCAUUUGUUUUGCCCCACUUUUACCAGAAUCACUAUAAGUGAUUGUGGGAUUUUCUUGGAGAGAAAUCAGUCAUUAUAAUUUUCUUAUAUUCAAGAGUGUAGUAUGCUGUACCGUAGUCAUUAUUAUAGUUUUCUUAGUUUUAUCAGUUUUAUAUGGUGGUAUGAAUUUUCUACUAAAUAUUGAGAAAAAAAAUUAACAAAAAACAUGUAGUAUAAGAAAAUGAAAUUUGCUGUAAAUAUAGUGUUGAUGAGGUUACUAGCAUGCUUACAGACAAAGGUGUUGCAGCAUUUGAAAGUGAAUGUAUUUAUUGGAUAUUUGCUUUGAGAAGCCCUGUUCUGUGGAAAGUAAUAUAAAUUAACCAAGAUUGGUUAUGUUACACAUUUCUUUAAAAACUAAUUUGUCCUGAGACCUUGAGUAAUUUAAGUCAUUUUAAUAUUUAAUACAAUUUAAGUUCAAUUGGAAAGGCCUUUACAUAGGAUGAAAUUUGUUUCUACAUGCUUGCAUGCUUAUGAUAUUGACAUGUCGUAAUAAGUUGUAAUCUCUGUGUACUUUACGUGUUAAGAAGUUAUCAUUCUGAUAAUAGCAUGUUGAUGAAACAAGGCUUGGUAUCAAUACACUUUGAUAGAAGCAACAUUGAAGAUAGCUAUAUUGUCAUUUUACCUCUUCUACAUUAGAUUGAGGGAUGUAUUCUUCAUAGUAGUUCAUGUGUACAAUGGAAGGCUAAUCUUAUUUCAUGAUUAUAUAGAAAGAGGUUAUCCCAGAUCAACUUUAAAACAAAAUUAAAAAAAUAAAAACGAAAAUAAAGCAUUAAAGAAAAGAAAAUGUCUUCCUUUUUGUAUACAAGAGGCACUGUAGGAACAACCUUUUUUUUUCUUUCUCUCUUUCUCCGUUAUUUUGUUAAUAUUAUAAAUAGUUGAGUAUAAAGUGCCCUCUAUUGUUAAUGCUUCUCAAUAUGGUGUGGUAUCGCAGCACAAGAAUGGUUGUAGAUGUAGUUAGUGUAGUUUAGAGCUUUGCCUGUACUAGGUGUAUUUUCUUUCUUUUAAUUUCACCUCUAUUUCAUUUUGAUGGUGACAAAAAAACAAACAUUGGAUACAAAUACUCAUAAUGUUGAAUAUUGCUCUCCAUUGUUUUCAAGUUUGGGGAAGAUUUGAAAAUUAUUUAAUAUUUUCAUAGACUGUAAAAAGAUCUGUAAAUAGUCAAUUUUUUGUACUCCAGUACCAGUUGAGCUUCUCAUCCCUCUUUAUCUAAAGGUCCUUGCACUCCUGUUGUAAACACUAUUUACCAAGAUUUUUAUUCCAGAAAAUCUGUUGUAUAUGAUUCAAUUUUCAAGAUUGGUAAGAUAGUAAUAUGAUUGCAUUUCAUGUAAAUGUCCCUAUGUGUUGCCGUCACUAUAGAUGUACCUUACAUUUAAUGGGAAUAAGUCAGGUUCUUAAGGGGUAUACCUCUGUUUCUAUUAACUCCACAGACUGCUUGUAUUUCCCAUUACAUUUUGAAUGAUUCAAAGUAAAAUUGCAAUUGUAAGCAUUUAUAUGCAUCUACAUUUUGCAGAUAAUAUAGAAGAUCAAACAGAUACAUGCAGUGUAGAUAAUUCUACCACGGUAAAUACAUGUAACUUAUCCAGCCACAAUAGUAGAAAUGCUUAAAUAAAAAUUGGUUGUCAUUUUGGUUUGUUUUUGUUGCUGGAAAUUGAUAGGGCCUAUGCGUAAUGAAAACAAAAAAAAGGCAACGACUUGAAGAAAAAAAAAAAAUCACAUUAUGACAGGUCUAGUUCAAUAGGUAGGAAGUGAAUAUACAUGUAUAGUUACUUUCUUUCAUAUCAAUGAAAACUUUAUUUUGCAAAACAAUGUAACAUUAUAGAUCUUGCAUUUGUCCCUCUAAAAUGUUCACUGAACUAAGAUGAGCGGUUAUUGCCGAACAUGUACACCAUGCACGGACAGACACACACACACCACCAUACAACCCUAUUAACCCAACACAAUCAAAUAUAUGUUGUUAUCAAAACUCUGAAAAUUAUUCACUGUACAUCUAUUUUCUGAAAUCCAGAUGGUUUUUUAGGGUUACCAAACAUAGCACAUGCAUUCAAUGGAAAGUCAUUUGGCAUGUUUUCUUCUUUUUUUUGGGGGGGGGGGGGGGGGGGGGCUUUGUUUGUUUGUUUUUAUUUUUGGUUUCCAGAACUCGACCUGCCCUGUGUGGAUUAAUUCAAAUUCCCAUUUGCUGUUUAGAAUGUUGUGUGGGUCUAGGGCUAUUUAAAACGUUGUGUGGGUCAGGGGCUAUUUAACAGUCACAUGUUGUUAGACAUGACGAGAGGUUAUUGAGAUUGAUCAGCAGAAUCGCUGGACAAUAAAGAAUGGUUGAGGACCAAA